CUGCCAUCUUCUCUCUCCAGGUCUCUCCCCAUCCUCAGCCCCCCUCGCUCUCUGUACCAUCGACAGUCUUUCCUACCUCUACCACUCCCUAUUUUCUUCUCCAACGUCAAGUCCAUCUAUCUUCCAUCUCACUAAUACCAUCAGCCCUGGGGUGCUGAUUUCGAUUCCUGCGUCCCUGUCUUAUUACUCUUCUCGGCCAGCACAUCUUCAUCCCUCCUUGAACCAGCACAUCCGGUCCCUCUAAAUUAAUUGACCUCACCAACUCAUUCGCCAUCCUCCUCGCAUCUGUCUGUCACUCAGUCCACGCACAGACUGCCCCUCUCUGUGUCUCUGUAGCCGUCCAAAGCACUCAUGUGAGAUCUGAGAUCUGUGCACCCACCAAUCCUGUUCCAAGCCCACAAGAAAUCCAAGAUACGCAGGUUCCUCCAAAGACAAGAGCAAGCGAAUGAAGAUAUUUCCCAGCACGCAUCUACACAUUUUUCACCUCUCUCCCUGCCGAGACUAUUCAAGCUCCCCAUUGUGGAAGCCUGGCACGCAAAUACCGGCCUGAGCGCCCCUCGCCAUUACCGGUGUCAUCAAGCUCGAGGCAACCAAAUACCUCACCAUGGCUCCCUCUUCCAGAACCGAUGCCCAAUUGAGUAUCAACCUCUCUGGCCUCCCUCCUCUCGCCGACCCUCCCAGUGUUCCCACAACAAAGUCUCCCUUUGGCGGCCCCAAGGCCUCCUCAGGUCUCGCAAGUCUAUCAAGUGCAAGAGUUGGAGCAGGCUCACCUCUUCAUGAACAGGCCUCGCGUCUCUUCCCAAAACGAACUCGCGAGCUUCAAACCCAGAACUCCCUCCUUCCAAAUAUCUGGGGCCCUCCUACUAGCGGCACAUCUACCCCCCUCUUUGAAAUCCCAGAAUCCCCCUCCCAAGACGGUUUUCCUGAUCUCAUCCCCCUGACGGAUUCCGGUAUCAACAGUCCUGCAAGACGUGGCAGAGCAGGCACUCUGCCCUCAAGAAUCUCUCCUGUCGGUACUGUCAAUGGCGUGAACGUUGUCACCUCAAAGACAUCACGCCCAACUCCUUCCACCAGUCCCUUCAGACCCGUCUCCACGUCGGCUGCAGAGACUGCUUUCUACUCCACUUCGCCUGGUGCUCAGAAUGCUGGACAUGCCGCUUUGCUCUCCCGACUCCGUGCGGGUAGUAUGCCCCAGCGCUCCAGUCUGUUAGGUUCAUCAGCGCCGUUCUCACAGGCCCCAUUCGGUACCACUUGGGGCACCCGAACUCGCGCCGCAACCUUGACCAGUAUUGGUUCUGCAGAAGAUCCCACAUCCCCCCAACAAUCCGUCUUCUCCAAGGAUGGAAUGUCGGACUCCGGUGUUCGCACCUUGGACUAUCUGGGGCUCGCUGAACCGUCUCAGUCAAAGCACGAUCAGCUCCAUGGCGAUGCCGCUUCCAAUGACCGCCUUGCCAGCUUCGACCUCCGAAACCCCAGUCGUUUCAGAUCCUUUUCGGUCAACACUCAGCCAAAGUAUGCUUCGGAUUCUCAGGAUGUUUCCUCCUCUUAUCCAGCCUUUUCAAGUGGUGCAUUGACUCCCUCGGCCGCUGCAGCCCUCGAGGCCGAGUACGAAAUGGUCCAAGAGAAGGUUCGUCUCCACAACCAAGCAGUUCAAGCGUUUGCUGUAAAUGCCAGUGCGGCCCGCCCAAGAGCUCGCACUGCUGGACUUGUCGAAACACCUCAGCGAACUGCCCUGCGUAAUUUGGUACCCUCGACCAACGACGUCGGCGAAUUGGAUCACAAUGUCCAAUCUGGAUCAGGCCUGGACAGCGGAAAUUUGACUGAUGCCCUUCAUGGCUUGAGUCUCACUGAUUCAGCGCAUCUUUCUUACGAAGGCGCCGACGAGUCGGAAGUUCAGUUUUCUCGUUCACUGUGGAUUGGAUCGAUUCCAAACUCAACCACCAUGUCCUCCCUCGACGCAAUCUUCAGUCGUUUUGGCUCCAUUGAAUCAACAAGAGUCUUGACGCAUAAAAACUGUGGAUUCGUCAAUUUUGACUCCACCGAGCAUGCUGUCCGCGCUCGACAACUACUCAACGGCAAGGAAAUCUUUCCUGGUGCCGGCCCCGUACGCAUCGGCUUUGCCAAGGCUCCCACUGCUUCUGUGACACCCAUCGGCAAUCCCACUCCUCCUCCACCAGGCUCGAAUGGACCUUCAGAACUAACCUCCUCUUCCUUGCCGGCGACCGGAGAUACGACCAACAAGAAUGCUGCUGGUGCUCAACAGAUGCUCAGCAUGCCUGCUGGCGAUCGUUUGGCAGAGUUGCAAGCCGAUAUUCUUCAAAUCGUCUUUGACUUUGGGGGCCAGCAGUCGGAUCUGCCAGCUGUGUCAGCUAGCAUUGACAAUGCCAUCGGAUAUGCACAGCUCCUCAACGAGAUCCCCCCUGUUCCAGAGCAAGCCGCGACGAGAGUAUUCGAUGCUCCGAGACUUCGGGAUAUUCGCAAGCGGAUCGACAACGGUGCGUGUGGACUCCAGGAGAUUGAGCAAAUUGCCGUCGACAUGUUACCCGAGAUUGCCGAAUUGUCAUCGGAUUACCUGGGCAACACCGUGGUCCAGAAGCUGUUCGAAUAUUGUUCCGAACAAGUCAAGGAGCAAAUGCUCACCCAGAUUGCUCCUCACCUGGCGGAAAUCGGAGUUCAUAAAAAUGGAACAUGGGCAGCCCAGAAAAUCAUCGAGGUUUGCAAGACAGAGACCCAGACUCGCAUGAUUAUCACCCACCUGCGACCAUACACUGUGCCACUCUUCCUGGAUCAGUACGGAAAUUAUGUGCUCCAGUGCUGUCUCAAGUUUGGUUCUCCUUACAAUGACUUUAUCUUUGAGACCAUGCUUGCUCAACUCUGGGACAUUGCUCAGGGACGAUUUGGAGCCAGAGCCAUGCGAGCGUGCCUGGAGGCACACCACGCCACUAAAAAUCAACAACGCCUGUUGGCUGCUAUUAUUUCUCUUUAUAGUGUUCAAUUGGCCCAAAAUGCCAAUGGCGCCUUAUUGCUCACAUGGCUCUUGGACACAUGCACAUUUCCCCGAAGAAGGUCUGUUCUGGCACCCCGGCUGAUUCCGCAUCUUGUUCAAUUAUGCACUCACAAGGUUGCGUACUUGACCGUCCUCAAAGUCAUCAACCAACGAAAUGAACCUGAAGCUCGGGAUAUGGUUCUGAAGGCAUUGUUCUUCAGUUCAGGUGACAGUGUUUUGGAGCAGAUCCUUGCUGAUCAGGCCUCGGGAGUGACCUUGAUAUUCAAGAUUUUGACCACACCUUUCCUCGAUGAGACAAUCAGGCCUGAAAUCGUCGAAAGCGUUUCGAGAGUACUGACCAAGAUCAAAGCCCAACCAAAUCAAGGAUACAAGCGUAUCAUGGAUGAGGUUGGCCUGUCGUCACGUUCGAAUCAGUCAGCAAACCAGCAAUAUAACUCCCACGCCCACCCUACUGUCAACACACAAGUUCGCCAGAACUCGCAGUCACAGGCAGGAACCCCGAACGGGACACAGCCACCUUUCCAAAGACAGUACAGUGGCUCAUUCGUUCCUACUGUUGGUGGUUCUCAGUUCGAGACUGGGAUGAGUCCGAUGCGCACAGGAUCGGCUGAUUCGUUUGGCUUCUCACCGUAUGGAUUCCAAAACCAAACACCUUACUCAUCACAUCCAUUUCCUCAAAUGGCACCACAAACACAUUACCAAAACUUCCAAGGUGGAGCACAACGAACAAACUCUGGCUUCCUUUCGAACGGGUAUGCUGGUUUUGCAAGCCCUCCAACUUCAGUCGAUCCUUUCAGGGGUAUCCCUAAUGUAUCUUCCUCACCGCUGAAUUACGCUGCCCAGAUGAGCCCCAUCACCGGCUCGGGGGUGUUCCCGGCGCAAAACUAUCAGCAAGGGGUUUCAGGAAACAUGUACAACUAUCCUCAGCAAUCUUUUUACUUUUCUCCGCCCAUGCAGACGGUGCAUCCUGGCGGCCGUGGACGCCGCGGGAGAUGACAAGGGAGGGGCAACGACUUGAUCUCCAUGGUCUCGAUAUAGAUUCUUUAGCAUUUAACUAAACUUGGGGCCAUUGAAGGAGUGUAUGAUUUCAACACACGGGAUGUGUUUUGAGGGUAGUCGCUCCAAGCCAUGUGUGGUCAAACGAUUAGCCUCACGGGGGAGGUUGGCGACGUGAAGAAACAAACUUGCAUCAACAAGCCUGUUCAAUCCAGCCAAUGUGUUGCCUUUUUCGAAAGAAUAUCAUGAUCCGGUCCGGGAUAUUAGGGAGGCAUGCAUUUAAAAAGUUUCAAAUUUCCUUUCAUUUCAUUCCAUGUCUAAAUCAUGAUGACCAGACCUUUCUUGUCUGCCGGGCAGCAACCCACCAUGGUCGGUCGUUUGAUGACACCCUUUUCCAACCAGUUUUUUCAUUUCUGGAGAUUUAGAGUUCGGUCAGGCUAUUGCCUAUGGUGGUAAGGUGGGCAACCAUUGAUCUAGAAAUGAAUGAAUGGAUGAAUUACAUGCAGCGUCUACUACUGAAAAUCUAGAAGACACAAAUACAUUGUCUAUUCAUGCU